AAAUAACCUCCACAUACAUAGUAUAUGUAAGAAAUGACAGCUGUCAUUACUCAGUCCGGUAUUCAUAGUAAUCAGUUUCAACUUGUGUUAAUAAUUAAAAAGACGGGAAGAAAGUGAUUAGAAUAUGUCAGAAAAUAACGAUAAACUCCAACAGUUCCUAACGGUAACAGGAAUCGAUGAAGAACGUGCUCGAUUUUAUAUGGAAUCUUCCGCUUGGGAUUUAGAGCUGGCUUUAACAAGUUUUUACGAUGCAGACCCCGAUCAAGAACCUGAAAGCGUCGAUACCAUCCAAUUUUCAAACCCUGCGGACGAAACCCCAACAGAUACAACAGCAAAACCAAAAACGGAAAAACCAACAACGAGGAGCUCAAAAUUCGCCACAUUAAACACAUUGGAAUCGUCCGAUGACGAAGAAGAAGGUCAGGCUUAUUACGCCGGGGGUUCUGAAAAUAGUGGACAACAAGUUUUGGGGCCACCGAAAAAGAAAAAAGAUAUUGUAGCUGAAAUGUUUAAAUCAGUACAAGAACACGGAGUUGAAAUCUUAGAUUCAGCAUCAACAUCUCAACCCGGAGCUUUCCGAGGGACCGGUUAUCGAUUAGGACAAACAGGAAAUGACUCAGUAACUGUUCCAGGUUUUGUUGAACCUUCACCUCCUAUUCAGGUUACAAUGAAAUUGUGGAGGGAGGGCUUUAGUUUGGAUAAUGGCCCAUUAAGAGCUUAUGAUGAUCCAUCAAAUAGAAAUUUUUUGGAUAGUGUAAGACGAGGGGAAAUCCCAACUGAGUUAAGGCAAGGUGUUAAUGAGGUGCAUUUAAGUAUGGAAGAUCAUCGAAUGGAGGGCUUUAAACAAACCUCUCAUGGAAAAUUAACAAAACCAUUCUCUGGAACUGGGCACACUUUGGGAAGCCCGGCUCCCCCUACAAUUGGUACUCCACUAAAUGAAGAUAAAAGUGUGAAUGAAGCUCAUGCUAAAAAACAAGUUAAAUUGGAUGAAGCACAACCAAUAACAAAUUUACAAAUAAGAUUAGCUGAUGGAUCACGAUUAAUAGGUCAAUUUAAUAAUUCUCAUACAGUAGGUGAAGUUCGUUCUUUUAUAAUAGCUGCGAGACCUCAAUACGAAACUCGAGCUUUUUCAUUGUUAUCGUCUUAUCCAACAAAGGAAUUGGAUGACUCUCAGUCUUUGGAAGCCGCUGGUAUAUUAAAUUCGGCGAUAAUGCAGAAAUUAAAAUAGACGAAAUAAACGGGUUUUAUAGAUGAUAAAGUGAAAAGGAUGAAAAACAUGAUAAAACGUGUUUGUAUUUAAUGUAAAUCUAAUAUUAGUACGUUUAAUUAUUAAUAUGGAAAUAAAUAAACAAAUAAGCGUUCAUUUUCAUAACUGA